AUGAUAACAAGAAAAAGAAAAGUAAAACUAGAUAAUAAUAAUAAUAAUAAUAAUAUAUCAUCUUAUAUAAAUAAUGAUGUUAAUAAGAAAAGAAAUAGUCAUAAAAAUAAUGAAGAGAAUCCUUAUUCAAAGAGGAAGAAGAAGAUAAAUCAAGAUGAGCAUGGAAAUAGUACUACAUGUGAUGUAAAUUAUAAAAAAUGUUAUAAUGAUAAAAAUUAUUUUACCGAUGAAAAUAUUUCUGAUGAUGAACACUACAGUUGUGAUAAUGAUUCCGAUUUAUCUGAUCCUAAUGAUGAUGAUUAUGUUUAUGGAAAAAGAAGUGAUGCUUCUUCAAGUUAUUAUAAGAAAAGAAAAAAAAAUAAAAUAAAACGAAAAAAAAAAAAUAAUAAUAAUAAUAAUAAAACAGAGAUAAAUAAAAAAGUGAAAAAAGAAAAAGAAAGUAGUAAUGAAAAUUCUGCUAAAAAGAAGGAUGAGGAAAAACAACCAAGAAAAAAAAAAUUCCAAAAAAAAAAUACAAUUGUAGAAAAAAUGCAUAAUUUUAUUUAUCAAAAAAACGAAUAUUUUGAUUUAGACCUUUUCAAAUAUCUAAGCACAUUAACAGAAAGGGAUGAAGAAGAAAUGAAUAAAAACUUUAUCUAUUUUGUUAUAUCCGAAUUUUUAAAUGUAAUGAGAUUAUGCCAAAGGGGAAGAGAAAAUAGAAACCAAGAUGAAAUGGAGAAGCAAAAUAUAGAUGAUAAUAUACAUAUAGAUGAUAAUAUACAUAUCGAUGAACAUAUAGAUUGUCAAAACAUAAAAGACAAAAUGAUUAAUAUUAGUGAAAAUUCAGAAAUGAAAAAAGAAAAAGAAUCUGAUAUAUCUUGUACGGAAGUAUCCAAUUUCAACUCUAAAAAAAUAUUUAACAUAAAAGAAAAUAUAGAUUUAAAAUGUAUAUUAAAUCAUGAUAAUACAAACUGGAGAAAUAUAUUUUUCCUUGAGGAUAUACAAAUUCAUUUAAAUAAUAAAAAGAUUAAAGUCUCUCCUUUUUCAAGUGAAAGGAUUGUCGAUAAUAUUAAGAAAAGCUAUUUAUUAAAAAAAAAAAAAAAAAAUAAUUGUCAUAUAAAACAAAAGGUAAAGGAGCAAAAUCAUGAUUUUUAUAAUUAUUUAGAAAAAAUAAAAAUAUAUAUAAAUGGGAAAAAAAAAAAUAGGCAAGAAGAAAUAAGAGAAGAAAUGGGGGGAAAUAAUAAUUUUGAUAUAGAAAGUAAUAUAAAUAUGAUUGAAGGAAAUAAUAUUUUACAUCCUGAUAUGAUAGUAUUUUUAUAUUUUUUAUUAAUUUGUAAUAGUUUAUGUAAUGAUAUAAAAGAAAAUACAAGUGAAGAAGAAAAUAAAAGUAUAACUAAAAAUAUAAAUGAAGAAGAAACAUUAAACAUAGAAAAUAUAUUGGAUAACCUAGAACAAUAUUUAUCAAAAGAUUUAUCAUCAGAAAAUAUUUUUUUAAGUUUGUGUUGUCCAAUAAAUUAUAUGGACUUUAGUGACAGUAUAAAUAUGGUAACAUAUUUAACUUUUUUUUUGAAUGAAAAAAAUGUGAUGGAUAAAAAUAUAUAUAAUAAAGGCAGCUACCCCAUAAAUCUAUGUUAUAAUAAUAAUAUUGAUAGUAUUUUUGGAGAGGAAGUUCUAUAUGAUGAUAAGAAAACAUUAGAAAAUAAUAAUAAUAAUAAUAAUAAUAAUAAUAUUAAUAGUAUUUCUGGAGAGGAAGUUCUAUAUGAUGAUAAGAAAACAUUAGAAAAUAAUAAUAAUAAUAAUAAUAAUAAUAAUAAUAGUAUUUCUGGAGAGGAAGUUCUAUAUGAUGAUAAAAACACAUUAGAAAAUAAUAAUUAUAAUAGGAGUAUUAUAAACAAAGAUGUUACAAAUUUUAGGUACGAAAAUAAUGAUAAUAUAUAUAAUGAAAAAAUAGAAAACGAUAUUUAUAAUGUAAUAAACGAUAUGAUGAUGAAAUGUUCCGAGAUUUUUAAAGGGAAUAUUUUAAGCAUAAGUAUAUAUAGUUAUUUAAAUAGUGAUGCCUAUUAUAAUUCUGAUAAACCUGGACGAAAUUUUAUUGUUUUUUAUUUUUUAUCAAAAUAUUUGUGUAAACCGAUAUUGGUUGACAUAAUAGAACAUACUUAUAUGUGUAAAAAAAUGGAAUGGAUAAAAUUUGAUUCUUUAAAUGAAGGAAAAGGAAAAGAAUAUAUAUAUUUGUUAUUAUGUUUAUUAGGUAAUAAAAUAAAAAUUUUUGCAAUAUCGAAAUAUUAUUUUUUUGUUAAUAUUUAUAUGUCUUUGAAAAAUCAGAGAAAUAAAGAUAGCUCUAAUAAUAUAUAUUCAUUUAUAAAAAACGAGAAAAGAAAGGAAAAAAAAAAAUCAGAAAAAAAAACACAAACAAAAAGACAAAAAUUUAAAAAGAUAUUUACUUAUACAAGUAGUGAAUAUAUUAACGAUUUUUCAUAUACCAUUUGUAUUAAGGAUCAAAAAAGAUAUUUAAAAAUAGCUCUUUGUUUUAAUAACUUCAAAAUUAAAAUUAUAGAUAUUAUAUUAAAUAUUGUUAAUAAAGAGGAAAAUAAAAUUAACAGUAUUAUUGAAAAAAGUAAAACCAUCAAUAUUUCUCUACACUAUGGAGAUAAAGAACAUUAUGAGAAAUUUUUAUUUUUUAAUAAAAAUCAAACGAACAUAAAUAAGAAUAUGCAAUCUUUUGAAGGAAAUAUAAAUAAAAAUGAUGAACUCGUACAUAAGUACUCAUGGAAUAAGGAAAUGAAGAAAAAAGAAAAUUUCUUUCCAAAAAGUUGGAGCAAUCACAAUAAAAAUGAUGAUGUUAUUAAUUAUGAUGAUGAUGCUAUUAAUUGUUAUAAUGUGGAUUGUAUAAAUGAUAGGAAUAAUAAUCUUUAUAUUUCCGAUAAAGGGAAAUUUCAUUUGGAAACACAUAAUGAUAUUAGAUCAGGUGUAAAAAAUAAUAUAUAUAAUAUAUAUAAUAUAUAUAAUAUAUCAAAUAAUAUUUACUUAUCAAACAUUAAUAAAAUAAAUAUAAGAGAAGAAUUAAUAUACCUACAACAUGGUGUGUUAUCCCUAUGUUCAUUUUAUCCAUGUAUUAAUUCCUAUCUUUUAUGCUUAUGUUCAAAAGAUGGGAACAUUGUAAUAAUAGAUAUACGAAAUAGUAAGGAGCUGUUUUAUUUUAAAAGAAAAACAGAAACAUGUUCUCAUUUAAAGUGGUACAGAAAUAGUUGUAUUAGUUUCGGCCAAGAUAAAGGAUCUAUAAUUAAUCUUUUUCAAAAUAAAUAUAUUUUAAAUAUUGAUAAAUCCUUUUUUAAUACUGUUGAUAAUAGUUGUUUAAAUAGCGUUUUAAUUGGAGAGCAUAUGUACUUAUUUCUAUAUGAUGAUAACACUAUAUUAAAGGGAAAAACAAAAGAAAAUUCUUCAAAAAAUAAAUAUAAUGAAUUUUUUUUAUGGAGUACAAAAUGUGUAGAUCUUGAGCCAAGUAUAUUAUUAGAAAUUAGUUGUAUGCAGACAGAAGAUAUCUAUUCAGUUUCCAUGAUAUUAUUAUAUGAAUAUUUGAAAGGAUUACAAAAUGUGUUGAAUGAUGGUAUAAAAAUUGUAAGAUCAAAAAAGUGGGACCAACAAUCCACAGGAAAAAAUAGAGCACUAACACCAAAAAGCAUAUCAUAUGCUUCGUUUGAUGAAAAUUAUAUAAUAGCUUAUGGAACAUCAUGCGGAUUAAUACAUAUCUUUUCUCAAGAAAAAGAUGAAAAUAAUAAUGUGUAA